GCCGUCGCCACCCUUCCGGGGCCCCUCGCCCCUCCGCGGCGGGACCGCAGCCCGAGCGGGCCGGGGGGGGAUUGUAAGAAAGCAAACAGAAACCGCGGAGCGCUCGCGAUGCCCAGCCCACACGGCCUCUCCCCGGGAAGAGGGAAGAAGGCACCCUCGUCGCGUCCCGGGCGCCGGCGAAAGAGGUGUCCCGGGUCUGGACCUGUCGUCGCCGACGCUGCCGGCCCGGAGAGCUCCGAGUUCGCACGCAGCCCCGGAUUUAAGGAGACGGGAAAGGACUUCCAGGGCCGGGACCCGGCACCCCCGCCGCAAGCCACCGCCCGCCGGCCCGGCGCCCCGCCCCCACUCACCGCGCCCCCAGGUUCCGGCGCUGCGGGCCACUGGGGGGCCUGGGUCCGGCGCGGCCCGGGGCGCAGGAGACGGGGGCGCGCGGCAGGCUUCGGCUCGGCCGAGGGGCCGGGCGCAGGCUUCCCGCACCCGCCUUCCAGGGGCCGGGGGACGAAAGCACGGACGUGCGUCGGGAGCACCGAGUUGCGGGGAGGAGCCGGGCCGCCCGCAAGGACAGAGAUCUCUUCGUGAGAAGCAAACCGUCCUCGCAGACCCACACUCACAGCACUCGCAGGACUCCACGGGAUGCUCCUGUGACCUACCCAGCAGGCACCGGUCUCUCCCACGCGGACGAAACUGAAGGGCGAAGGUCCUUUCGGUGAUGCAGCGGCUCCCUGACGCGACAGCAGAAGCUCAUUCGUCGUGUACUGCGGAGAAAAUGGCCCUUGUGGGGACAACUGGGAAGCGGCUGCUGCCCAGGUGGGUAAUCACAUCUGGGCACACUGGAGGGAGCAAGUGGAGGCCAGGUGUGAGCUGCUCCAUUUGAUGGAUGAGAAUCCUGAGGCUCACAGAGAUUAGUCUGUGUGGAGCCCAAUGUCUCCCCGACUUUUCCAGAACAGUCCUAGAAAAGGAAAGAGCCAGCCAGCAGGUGAGAAUGCCCAGGUGCAGGAGGAUGGCUGCAGGUCAGGCCGACCUUGCCCACACCAGCGGUGCAGGGGAGGGGACAGUUCCCCACCCACCCUCACCCCAGGAUGGCCAUCACCAUGGGGGCAGAUGGGGUGAAGAUGGCCUUCCCAGAUCCUCAAAGUCUCAGGAAGAUUCAGAUGAGGCCAGUGGCUCUGGAGGCAGUGUGCAUGGAGAUGGAAAGGAAAAGGGGGUUCUACUCCUGAUUUACUGAUGGCCUUGAGCAAUCAUAAUAACAGCCUUGAGCGCUCUCAGGAUGAGGGGCAUCAUUGUGAGCCCUUCCGCAGGCAGACUUGUUCAAUCUUCAGACAGUCCUGUGAGAUUGGUACCAGUACUGCCCCCCCGUUUCCAGGUGAGGACAUCGGGGACCACAAAGGUAAACCUUGGCCACCACCACGAGGAGGAGAAUGGGCCAGAACUAGGACCCCAUGCAUGCCUUUGAGACCCCCAGCCUCACUCCUGAAGCACUUGCCAUUUUGCCUCAAUUUUGCAAAUUGCUUAGCCUCUCCAAGCCUUGGUGUCCUCCUGUGCACAGACGGCAUCAGGUUCACGGUAAGGAUUCAGAAAAUCCCGUGGAACCUCUGCUCCUCCAGACAAUUGGAUGCACAGCACUAGAAAGAAUGCCUGCAAAAUGCACUUUGGUGCGUCCCUCGCUCAUCUAAGGGACCUCUGGGGAGUGGCAGGCCCUGAGGAUGCAUUAGCUCUCCGCUCUAUGCAUAUAGACACCUGGGAGCACCCUGUUGGAGAGCCUCUGCCCUCAGUGGCCCUUUCUCUUCUUGCUUUCCUUGAACAGCCACUGAAAGGCCUUGACCCGGGCAGCCAACAGUCGAAUGAAUUCCUUUUGGAGACACCAGGUUCUGGCAACUAAAGAAUUGGAUUCUUACCCACUUUUUCAUCCAGAGAGGCCAAACUAUAUCCGGGCCUUUUUUUUUUUUUUUCCCGUUAAGCUUUUUUAUGUAAGUGAGGACUGUUUUACAAAGUAAGUAUAUGCCAAAGUCUAUCGCACCAUGCCCCCAGUCCUACCAGGCUCAAGGACGCCAAGUCCAUCUGUAUUUCCCCUAGGACCCACCCAGCACCCAGACAUACACAUACCCCUAACUUACGGAGAGAGGGGGGCUACGGAAGUAGCGUGGACAAGCUUUGAGGUAAGUCCCCGGCUGCGCCGAGUUGUAUCGCCAGACAUGGCUGUGAAACAAUGUGCCCAGAGGCCUUCAGGCCUGAAAUGUAAUCACAGAUGCCCAAGGAGUGCCGCUCUCCGGUCAACCUAUGGAUCGAUCUUGUCCAAAACUGUGAAUAGAAAAAAAAAAAAAAAGAAGAAGAAGAAGAUAACAGUGUCCUGGGGUUAGGUCAUGGUGAUGGCUGCACAGUUUUGGGAAUACACUAAAACCUACUGAACGGUACCCUUAUAAGCGGUAAAAUUUAUGGCAAGUCAGUUAUAUCUCAGUAGAAAAAAAAGGAGUCACCAUUCUUCCUUACUGGCUAGAAAGAUGCGGCAAGAGCCCAGCCAGUCAUUUGAAAGUCCUGGCACUGCUGAUAUUCACUAACUGCUAACUCCCCCAACUUAGAAGAUCUAAUCCAGGUUGGGGGUAACACAGGAGCGUCAGGCUGGGCUAUGCCAGGGCCCUGGCUGUGACCGUCUCGGGCCAAGUGGCCAGGAGCCUGGGGCAGCCUGUCCAUUAUGCCCUCGAAGACAAGAUGGCAAGGACACAGGGCCCCAGACUGGACCCUGCAGAAGAAGGGGUUCCUGUGGGGGAGGGGCCUUCCCCACUGCAGCCCUGACAUGAAUCAGAGAGUCGCUUGGGAGAAUAACGUUGGAGGGGUCUGCGUGCGCGCUUGCGGCCUGUGGGGGUGUCCCGGGGAGCCCACCCAGCACUACAGAGCCCUGUGUCAGUUGGCAAGCACAAUUUUCCAGGCCCCGUCUCUGAAAAAGGAAGCCCAAGUUGACUGGUUGGGUUGGUGAAGAAAUCGCCACCGGAUUAAAAAUAGCAAAUAAAUGUAAGAAGUUAAAAUGCUGUA